AACCUUUCUCCAUAUAUAUCGGAGACAACCGUAGGCGCGGUACCGCUUCUUGUUGAAGUCCAUUUGCACUACUAGUCUCCUGCUUCUAGCCCGUUUCUUUCUUUGUAGUCUGUGCAAAAAAUGGCAGGAUCUUCUGUCAAACCCACUCCCCUUUUGAAAGAUGAGCUAGAUAUAGUGAUACCCACUAUUAGAAACCUUGAUUUCUUGGAGAUGUGGAGGCCUUUUUUUGAGCAAUAUCACUUGAUUAUAGUCCAAGAUGGUGACCCAUCAAAGAUCAUCAAGGUCCCUGAUGGUUUUGACUAUGAGCUCUACAAUAGGAAUGAUAUUAAUAGGAUUCUGGGUCCCAAGGCUUCUUGCAUCUCAUUCAAGGAUUCUGCUUGUCGCUGCUUUGGUUACAUGGUCUCCAAGAAGAAGUAUAUCUACACCAUUGAUGAUGAUUGCUUUGUUGCCAAAAAUCCAUCUGGUGAACUGAUUAAUGCACUUGAGCAGCACAUCAAAAACCUUCUAAGCCCAUCCACUCCAUUUUUUUUCAACACUCUUUAUGAUCCAUACAGAGAAGGUGCAGACUUUGUUCGUGGAUAUCCUUUCAGUCUUCGAGAAGGCGCUCCCACUGCUGUUUCUCAUGGCCUCUGGCUUAAUAUCCCUGAUUAUGAUGCUCCCACCCAGCUUGUGAAGCCUCGUGAGAGAAAUACACGAUAUGUUGAUGCUGUUCUGACAGUACCUAAGGGAACCCUUUUCCCGAUGUGCGGUAUGAAUCUGGGAUUCAACCGUGAAUUGAUUGGACCUGCAAUGUAUUUUGGGCUCAUGGGUGAUGGCCAGCCAAUUGGACGCUAUGACGACAUGUGGGCUGGCUGGUGCAUGAAGGUCAUAUGUGACCAUAUGGGAUGGGGAGUUAAGACUGGUUUGCCCUACAUCUGGCACAGCAAAGCAAGCAACCCGUUCGUUAACCUAAAAAAGGAGUACAAGGGUAUCUACUGGCAGGAAGAUCUGAUCCCAUUCUUCCAGUCUGCAGUUCUUCCCAAGGAAUGCGUCACUGUUCAACAAUGCUACAUUGAACUUGCCAAGCAGGUCAAGGAGAAACUUGGCAAGGUUGAUCCCUACUUCAUUAAGCUAGCUGAUGCCAUGGUAACUUGGAUUGAAGCUUGGGAUGAACUCAACUCUUCAGGGGAAAAAUCUUCAAAGAGUACCUCAAAGUAGAGUAUUCAAAACCGUGUUGUCUGCCUUUUUAGUGCUAAAUCUGGUAGCCGCUUCAUUGUACCUUUAUCAUGAUGGUCUAGUCGUCGUCCAUCAUUAUUAUUUAUUGCAAAAUUUUCUUACCCUUUUGAGUUGAAGUUUGAGAGCAUUCCUAGUGCUUAGCUGGGUGUAACCUUUUCUGCUACAUUGCUAUCAGCUUUAGAUGAUAUCAGAUUUGAAAUUGAAUUUUUAGCAA